CUUGCAGGGGUUGAUAAGCUGAUCCGUCAUUUACACAAGCACAACGUUCCCAUAGCUGUUGCCACCAGCUCAGCUGAAGUGACAUUUCAGAUGAAAACAGCCAGACACAAAGAUUUCUUUGGUCUUUUUCAUCAUAUUGUGUUGGGAGAUGACCCCGAGGUGAAGUUGGGCAAGCCACAGCCUGAUGCAUUUCUGGUUUGUGCAAAGAGAUUUCACCCUUCUGCACCUCCAGAGAAGUGUCUUGUGUUUGAAGAUUCACCACUUGGAGUGAAAGGAGCCCUGGCAGGAAUGCAAGUAGUUAUGAUUCCAGAUGAAAAUUUAAAUCCAGACCUUAAAAAGGAGGCAACACUACUGCUGAACUCCAUGGAGGAUUUCAAACCAGAGCUGUUUGGUUUACCAGCGUAUGAUUAA